CAUAUAUUUAGGCUUAGUGAUCUUAUGCCAAGCAAUGAGGUGCAGUUUCCUAUCGAAGUAAUAUUUGAUCAUUGCCUCAUUGGUCCUAGAAAUAUUUUGCAGCGAACGUAAAUCCACCGGUUUUUAUUUUCAUCGCCGUUGCAUCAUCUCUAUGUCGGCUCCAAUUCCAACCCGCCAAUGACCACCGUGCGGUGGCCGCGGGUGCUGAGCCCCAACUACCUUGCGAUGCUUAUUCGGCAGCAGAAGAACCCGCUCAACGCUCUCCACCUUUUCAACUCUGCCUCUCUUCGCCAUCCUUCCUACCGCCACAAUUCAGCAGUGUACUCCGCCAUGGUCGACGCCCUCUCCUCCCCGCUCCGCCCUCACCUCCUUCUCCGUCUGCUUCAUCAAAUGUCACUCGACUCGUCACCUGCCCAUGACCGCGUCUUCUCCCGCGCCAUCCUUGCCCUAGACCGCGCCGACCACCACCAGGACGCCCUCUUCGUCUUCCGGCGUCUCAUUCCCCCAUCCAAUUGCCCCUCUUCACCUCUCUCCCUCAUCUCUCUUCUCAGAAUUCUUCUUUCCCGCGGCCUCCUCCGCUCUGCCCUGCACCUUCUUCUCUCGCUGGGCUCCGACACCUCCCGACUCGGCACUCAAGGCAUCAACCUCCUCAUUGACGUCGCCUGCCGCCUCCGCCGUCCUGACCUCGCGCUCCACGCCUUCGCCGCCAUUCGCGAGCUCUGCUGCUACCCCGAUCGCGACACGUACCGUAUCCUUAUGAAGGCCCUCUGUGAUGCCGGCUUGCUCGACGACGCCGUGCACCUCCUCUACUCCAUGUUGUGGAGGAUCUCUCGGAAGGGCUGCGAUGCUGACGUCGUGGUAUACCGCACGCUCCUUGAGUCCCUCUGUGCCGCCGGGAGGAUCGAAUUGGCCGAGGAGAUACUUGGCAAGGUGCUGAAAAAGGGGCUCAGGUCUCCGAGAGCGAGGCAAGCGUUCCAAAGGCCUGUGCUUUCCGUUGCCGGAAACCUGGAGGAAAUGAAGAGGAUAAUUGAUGAGGCACUUGUGGUGCGUGGGGUUCGAAGCCUCGCUAGCUAUAACGCCAUGAUAACGGAUUUGUACGCGGAGAGUGAGUUUGCGCAUGCAGGUAAGAUGCUGGAUGAAAUGAGGCAGAAGGGGUUUAGACCUCUGGUAUCCAUGUAUGAGGCAAAGAUAGCGGCGCUUUGCCGGGAAGGAAGGGUUGAGGAUGGCAUAAGAGUGUUGGAGGUGGAAAUGGUGGCUAAUGACUGUGUCCCUACGGCGAGAUCCUAUAAUCUUUUGAUGGAGGGGCUUUGCGUGAAAGGGGAAUCGACAAGAGCAAUGAGAUACUUGGAUAGGAUGGAUAGACAACUUGGUUGUGUUGCCCAGAAGGAGUCAUAUGAGAUUCUGGUGGAUGGUUUCUGCGCUGAAGGACUCUUUCUUGAUGCGGCUAAUGUAUUGGAGAAGAUGCAUAGGAGGAAAUAUUGGCCCGAGUGUAAGAUUUUUGGCAGGGUAAUCCAAGGACUCUGCUCCAUUGGAAGGAUAUAUGAAGCCCUAUUAUGGCUUGAGGAAAUGCUCAGCCAAGGGAAGAUGCCCGAGGCUUCUGUUUGGAGCUCAUUGGUAGAUGUGCUGUUUGGUAUGCCAACGAUUGAAAAAGAUCCAUACAUGGAUGUUCUGCUACAUGAUUUGUUAACUGUUGAUUAACGACCUUGCGGCAUUGUUUAAUGAACACUCAGGUAAGUAACUAGGCAUAAUCUUCUCUAUAAUUCAACCUAAAAUUUGGCUAGCUAACAAUUUUGAAUAUUCAACUAUAAGUAGAAUUGCUUAUUUUAUUUCAAAGAAGAUGUAGGGUUACAAUUUCAAAAUUUGUUCUAUUCUACCUUUUAUUUAACAUUUGACAUCCUUCGAAGUAUGUUCGCAAAUGGACAACUGGAAAAGGAGAAAAUAAUGUCAAAUUUGGUUAAUGUUUUUUAUUUGACAAGUAGUUUUUCCUCCA